CCUACGUGGACGAGGAGAAGCUCAUCGCCUCGGUGGCCGGCGCCGUGGAGAGGGUGAACAAGCUGGUGUGCGUCAGAGCGCUGAAGACCAGGUACAACGGCGAGGUCGGCGAUAUCGUGGUCGGGAGGAUCACGGAGAGAAGGAGAUCAGCAGAAGAUGAGCUUGCGAUGAGGGACUAUCUGCAGGAAGGGGACCUCAUCAGUGCAGAGGUCCAGUCUGUAUUUUCUGAUGGGGCUGUAUCACUGCACACCCGGAGUCUGAAAUACGGGAAGCUUGGCCAGGGUGUGCUCCUUCAGGUCUCGCCCUCCCUUGUGAAACGCCAGAAGACUCACUUCCAUGACUUGCCCUGUGGUGCAUCUGUGAUCCUCGGCAACAAUGGUUUCAUCUGGAUCUACCCAACUCCAGAGCAGAAAGAUGAAGAGGCAGGGGGCUUCACCACCAACUUGGAGCCAGUUCCCUUGUCUGACCGGGAGGUGAUCUCACGGCUCCGAAACUGCAUUGUGGCUCUGGUUACUCAGAAGUUGAUGCUCUUUGACACCAGCAUCCUGUAUUGCUAUGAAGCAUCCCUUCCUCAUCAGAUCAAGGACAUUCUCAAACCAGAGGUGAUGGAGGAGAUCGUUCUGGAAACUCGACAGAGGUUGCUGGAUCUGGAGGGAUAGGGCACAUGGCCAGAAACAGUCAUUUGAAGUCCCAGCAUGGCAGCUUUUGAUUCUCAGUAUUUUUUUUUUUUUUUUCAGUGUUCUAGUCCCCAGCAUUCAUUCCAUACUUCAGAAACCACCAAAAUUCCUCCAUUUUAACUCCUAGGAUACCUCCUGAGCCCUUUUAGUAUGAUAGUACUAAACAGUACUUAAGUACAAUAGCCUUUUUAGUGUAGCAGCCUGAAAAAUUGAUAUCUGACCUUUAUGAAGAUGCAGAUGCAACUGGGACAUGGCUCAUAGCACUUGUUGCUGUGUCUAGUGCCACUGAACUUCAUGCAGAAUGAUAGAGAGGAAGGGAUGUGUUUUUGUGAUGUUUCUCCCCAAGGCUUUCUAAAUGGUUUUGAUUUUCCUU